CAAACAAAGGCAGCCACGAGUGUAGAUUGGGAUCGAAGACUCCUUACAGAUGCGUGGCUAAUCACGACGAGUCGCCGUUGGCAUAUGCAGACUGCGUGGAGAAGAAGAUUUGGCUAAUUCUGCGCCACGGGACUCUGUAUCCAGGCAAGAAGUACAUACCUCGGAUGAUAGACGACUUGCCGGAGCUGCAGCACGUGAUAUUGAAAAAUCAUGCGAACGGAGCGACGAAUCUGUCCGCCGACGACGUGGCUCUGUUCAGGGGGUGGAAGUUGCCGUUUGGUCGAGGGCACAUGAUGAAACUGGCUCUGGAGGGGGAGAACGAGAUGAUCGAUCUCGGAGAGCGGUAUCAGGCGAGGUUUCCGUCUCUGAUGCCGGAGGCUUUCGACAAUCGGACGUACAAAUUUAGAUUCACUGCCACACAACGUACGGAAGAGAGCGCGAGGCACUUUGCCGUCGGUUUAUUCGGCUGGCACAAUAGCAAAAGUGUUUGGUAUCCAUUGCCGGUGUAUCGAGACCGCGUGAUAAGAGUAAGACGCCAGUGCAUUUAAAUUCUCGGUCUAUUUGCUCCCCUAACUUUCCCAGUUCUUUAGGCUGUGUGACUGCUGGUGUGU